CUCAACUUCUGCACGACAGCCAUCUCAAGCAAUUGACGCCGCCCACCACAGCCAUCAUGUCUCAGUUCCGCGCGAAGACGCUCGACAUCGGCUGCUUUUCCAAGAUCCGCAACAUUCGCGACCACACCAAGCGGAAGGUCUUCGAAGCGAACGAGCCAGAACGACAAGCGCUCCGAUACAUAAUACGAAACACGACGCUCCCGCAGCGCGUGCGCGCCCAGGCCCAGCUCCAGCUCUCGCAGAUGCACUGCUACACGCGGUUCACGCAGAUCAAGAACAGGUGUAUCAUGGGAGGCAAGGGCAGAGGUGUCUUCAGCGACUUCCGGAUGGGCCGAUACCAAUUCCGAAUCAACGCGCUGGCUGGAAACAUACCCGGUGUGAAGAAGGCGAGCUGGUAAAGGAGCGGAGGGAACUAGGGGCUGCAGGCAAACUUUGUCGGGAUAUGUGUAUAGUAGCAAGAUCUGCUGGAAUUGGGUGGCGUUCAAAGGAUGUAAAUACAACAUUGUACCAAUAUCGGUCGCCCGCGAAGCGUCAUCAUGGGAUACCGCGCCUGACCCGCAAACGCUCCUGCCC